AUGUCGUAUUUCAACGUGGGCAUCCCUGGCCUGGAGGAGGCCCAUGUCUGGAUCUCCAUCCCCUUCUGCGCCAUGUACGUCAUAGCCCUCUUGGGGAACUUCACCAUCCUCUUCAUUGUGAAGACAGAGUCUCGGCUCCACGAGCCCAUGUACUAUUUUCUCUGCAUGCUGGCCAUCACCGACCUGGUCUUGGCCACAUCUGUCCUGCCCAAAAUGCUGAGCAACUUCUGGUUCAAUUCCAGGGAGAUAGACUUCGAUGCCUGCCUCACCCAGAUGUACUUCAUUCACUGCUUCUCAGCAAUUGAGUCUGGGAUAUUGGCAGCCAUGGCUUUGGAUCGCUAUGUGGCCAUUUGCCAUCCUUUGAGACAUUCCACCAUCCUGACAAACCCUUCGGUAGCUAAAAUUGGCCUGGCCCUGUUGCUACGCAGCAGCAUAGUCACACUGCCCUAUCCCUUACUGACGAGGAGAUGGCCAUAUUGUAGAACCAACAUCAUCUCUGAGCCGUACUGUGUGCACAUCGCCGUGGUGAAGUUGGCCUGCGCCGACACCCGCAUCAAUAGUUACUAUGGGCUCUUUGUGAUGUUCUUUGUGUUGGGUCUGGAUGUGAUUUCUAUUGCCAUCUCCUACAUGCAGAUCCUCAGAGCCAUCUUCAGCCUCCCCACAAAGGACGCUCGGCUCAAGACUUUUUUGACUUGUGCCUCACAUCUCUGCGCCAUUGUAAUCUUUUACAUCCCAAGUGCCUUCUCCUCCCUCAUUUAUCGUUUCGGACAAAAUUUUCCCCAGCAUGUCCAAGUUCUUAUUGCCAUUAUGUACCUCCUGCUGCCCCCCAUGCUCAACCCCAUCAUCUAUGGGGUAAAGACCAAACAGAUCUGGAGCAGGCUGCGCUGGUUUGUUACUCGUAAAUAG